AUGAUGUGCCCGUGCCUUUCGGGAAAGCUGUACAAACUAUGCUGCCGUGGCUCUCACAAGGAUCCAAGUUCUGUGGCUUCUCCAGAGCAGCUGGCAAGAGCAAGAUAUUCGGCCCUUGCACUAAAGAAAUAUGAUUUCCUCAUAGACACUACACAUCAUUCGCAUCCCGAGUACCAGGAGGAUAGAGAGUCAUGGAAGAAGACAAUGGCCCGCAACAACCGUGGCGUCCGCUAUGUUGGUUUGAAUAUCACUGGAUCCGAGUCUCGCGCUGAGGGCACCCACGCUGUGACCAUUGAAGCUGCGUCUGAACCAGAGAAGAUGGAUGAUUUGCCAAAGGUUCUGCUCGUUCGGGAAUGUUCAAUCUACCGGUACGAGGGUACCUGGCAGUAUGCAAAGGCGGAGGAGUUGAAGCGCGAGGUUGUGCAGGGUGCUGGCUCAGCGCGGCAGCUUUCUGGUGCAAAAGUCGAUGGACACUGA